AUGGCUUCAUCCCCACACAGCUCCUCUCAUCUCUACUUCCUCCUUGUCUUCUUCCUCCUCCUGGCUGCUGCCACAGCCUUCCCGGUGACCUCCGAGUUCGAACUCGGCCGGCAGAGCAGAAUCCACUUCCGCGUCUACUUCCACGAGACCUUUCUCGGCCCCGACAACACCACCGUCACCGUGGUGAACAUGAGCCUCCCCAACACCUUCGGGGACGUCGACAUCUUCGACGCCGUGCUGAGGACCGGCCCCUCCAAGCGUUCGACCGAAGUCGGGAGGGCGCAGGGCGUGAGCUUCCACGCGUCGCAGCGGGACGAGUCGUCGCUGAUACCGCUGGUGCUGGUGUUCACGGCCGGGGACUUCUGCGACAGCACGCUCACGUUGAUAGGGAGGAUGGACACCUCCGGGAAGGCGGACCGGGCCAUCGUGGGAGGGACUGGGGUGUUCCAGUUCGCGUGGGGGAACAUGGUGAGCAAACUGGUGACGUCCGACAAAGCGGGACUCGUCGCCGCCUUCGACAUCUAUGUCGUCUAUUAUGACGACGUCCGUCUCACCGCCAUCGCGUGA